AUGGCUAUGCGUGAUAUUUUUACAGGAGGAGCUUGUAAUGUAAACGGAGACUCUUCUAUAGAAAAGCUUUAAGGUUUUAUGAUAGGUGAUUAAAAUGGAGAAUUAGUUUAAAAUGCUUUAUUGGAAAGGUAAAGAAUGUAAAUAAUGGAGGAUUAAUUUUAAAAACUUCAAACAGAUUUUUCUUCAUAACAUACAUUAGAAUAAAGCUAUUUAUAAGAAUAACAAAGAGCAGAAAUACAUGAAUAAAUGAUGAAUGCAGAAUUUGAGCAUUAAAAGAAUUUAGAAAUGUAACAUAGAAUGUAAAUAUAAUAAAAUUAUGAAUAAUAAAUGAUAAAUUAAUAAUAAUAAUACGAAGCUGAAUAAUUUGCACGUUAAAUGAUAAUGGAAUAAUAAUAUUAAAAAACAGAAAAAUAAUAAGAGUAAUCCUUAAAUGAAGAUUAAAUUGUUAAGGAUAACGCAAAUUAAAUGUUUGUCAAAAUGGCUGCUGAUGAUUCUCCAAGAUUUAAAAAUUCUAAAUUUCUUAGUUUCUUGAACCAAUUAAGAACUGGAGAAUUAAAAAUUUAAGGCGAUUAAUUAAUUCAAGGAGUACCUGAUUAAAAACCUUAAGAUUUAGAUAAACUUUUUGAAAAUGCUUGGGGUUAGGCAAAUUAGGAAGAAUAAAAAUAUUAACAAGAAAAUAAAUUACCUGAUUUAGAUGAGUUUUGGGCAUAGAAAAUAAAUGAAUAUGAAAAGGAAAGAGAAGAUGAAGAUUAAUUUACCAAAAGGCUCGAAUAAGAAUAUUAAGAUGUACUUAAAUAUAUGAAUGAGUAAGGAAAUUAUGAUUAAAUAUCAGAUGCUUGGUAAAAAGCAUCGGAUUUAUAAGAACAAUAAUUAUAUAAAGAUGCAAGUGAUCAUUAUUAAUUUUAAGCAAACAAUCAAUAUUUAGAUCAUGUAAAUCCGAUGCAUUUAGCAUUAGAAUUUAUGGCGAACGGUAAGCCGUUUGAUGCAAUAUUAGCCUUAGAGGCUCAUAUAUAAAAAUCAGACAAAAACCAAAACAACUCAAAUGCAUGGAGAAUAAUGGGAAGACUUCAUCAAGAAAACGAUAACGAUUAAAAAGCAGUUGCUUGUCUUUUAAAUGCCUUAAAAACUGACAAUAAUAAUCCUGAUGUAUUUUUAGCUUUAGGUGUUUCUUGUACUAAUAUAUUAGAUGAAGUUAAAGCUAUGAACUUUUUAAAAUAAUGGUAUAUUAUUUCUCCUUUGUAACAAGACUUGCCAAUUUCGGAUAAUAUUAUUCCUUAAAAAAAUAAAGAAUAUGAUGAUUAUACUAUUGAAGAAAUUAAGGCUAUGAAUUUUAACAUGCUCUAGGCCUUUGAAAAGGCUUCUGCUAUGCAUCCCGAAAAUGCAGAUUUACAUGUUUCUUUAGCUGUUUUAUAAUAUAUUGCAAGAAACUAUGAACUCUCAGUUCUUUCUUUUAAAAAUGUUCUUUAGAUUGAUCCUAAUAACUACUCUUUAUGGAACAAAUUAGGAGCUACUCUUGCUUAAUUAGGUAGAGCUGAUGAAGCUAUUGAAGCUUACCAUAGAGCACUCGAACUAAAACCUAAUUAUGUAAGAGUUUGGGUUAAUUUAGGAAUCGCUCAUGCUUAUAAAGGAGAUUAUGUAGAAGCAGCUAGAUUAUAUUUAAAUGCACUUUCAUUUAAUCCAGAAGCGAAGCAUUUAUGGAGCUAUUUAUAAACCUGCUUUAUGUGUAUGUAAAGGUUUGAUUUGGUAGGAAAAAUUUAAAAUAAUAAUCCAUUAGAAUUUUAGGAUGAAUUUGAAAUUUUAAAAUUAGAAGAAUUACCAAUGCCAGAAGUUGAUUAUGCUUAUUCAAAUUCUAAGUAUUUAUUAAUGGAUUAAUAAGCAUAAAAUUGGGCGGGUGAAUUUUAACAAGAAUUCGAAUAAAAUUGAUAUUUUUUUGUUAAAAAAUAUAUAAUAUAAUAAAAUUGAAUUUGUUUUGAUAUAAUUUCUUUUUUUCUGUUAAUUUUUAUUUUAAUUUAUAAUUAAAUUCAAAGCAAUAUAUA